AUGCCUCUAGACAAGCCGCGGAUCAUUAUCGAGAAGUCUAGCACGGUACGGCGCCGGUACCAGCGAAGCAACAAACGUUUCACAUUCACGGCCGAGCAAAUUAAACGAAUUGAGCGCGAAGAGGCACGAGAGAAACGGGCGAAGGAUCUCCGCGAGAAAGAAAAAAGGCGCAUUGCAAAUAAAAAGAAGAAGACAGAGAAGGAAGCCAAGGCUCGCGAAGAGGCGAGACUUCAAGGUUUGCCAGAUCCCUUCGGUUUUAAGAUCCCUGCAAGCCAGCCCUUGCUCUCAAAGUUUCUGGGGCUUAAAAAAUCAGCUGUAUCUGAGGAGCCAGAAACCACUGAGACAGAGCAAUCAGUUUCCAAGCAGUCGUCCCGUGAAAAUUCACCGCCAGAGCACCUGCCUCUUAAGCAACAGGAAUCUAUCAAGAGAGAAAGGCCUGGUUUCCAGAAUCCGUUCGACCAAAGUCCACUUUAUGAGCAAUCGCCGCCUGAGCAACAAGAAAAUAUCAAGACAGAACAACCGGUUUCAAGACAGUCGUCUCCUGAAAACCCACCUUCUGAGCACCCUUUUGAUCAAUCGCCUCUCAGGCAACAAGAAAAUACCCAGACAGAGCCACCGGUUUCCAGGCAAUCAUAUCGUGAAAACACGCUUUCUGAGCCACCGUUUAGUGAACAGCCACAUCUCGAACAUGCACCCCCGGAGCAACCACAUACUGAAUUUAAUGUCCAUUUUAUGACAACCGAUACCAAUAAUAACAAAGAUAGAGAUACAGAGGAUGAUAGCGCGGCGGGUGACACCGAGCUAGACUCGGAUAUAUUCGAUGACCUCGACGAAGAGAUGGAGCACGAAAUGGCUAUUCUCCAGGAAGCGCAGCCUCCUGCAGAAUCCGAAAUUUGCGAUGCUGGAAUUGAUACAAGUGCACAAACCCUUUGCCCUGCUCAAGACGAUGAUGAAUUUUCCGACUGCUCGGUUUUUGAUGAUGAUGAAAUCCUGAAAGAGGCAGACGCCGCUGCAAUCAGACUCGUAAAAUCUUCCAUACCCAUGAACCCUAUAUCUAUGCAGCCACCUGCAGAUUCUCUGAAAAGAAAGAUCCCAUUGGAAGAAUCGUUUCGAGACGACACAGCUGAUUAUCUUGAAGAAGUCUUUGCCCGGGGAUCUGGGGUUUCUUUUGGCGAGCUUGUCCAAUAUUAA